AGGUUGCAGCGAGUCGGUCGCUUUUCCGCCAGGCAUGGAAUUACGCGGUGGACCUCGACGCAGAGCAGAGCGUAAUCUUUCACUGGGAUAGCUCUGGAAAUAAACACACGGAAAUAGAAGACGGGAGAUGGAUACCGGCUCCGACAACUCGAUGGAGCGCUUGGUGAGAGAGCUGCAGGUGCUGCUGAAGCUGCUUGACCACGAGUGUGUAAGCUCUGCUACGGCCGAGAAGAUGACCACCGUCAGGAACCUCCUUGACCACAUCCAGCCUACUGUGAACGGAUCAGGCUUCCUCUACAUGAACACCUCCCUUUAUCGGAACGGGACCAGCUUUGUAGAGUCUCUGUUUGAUGAGUUUGACUGUGACCUACAGGACUUGAGAGUUUCUCCAGAGGAGCUGAAGGAGCAGCAAGAAGAAGAGGAUGGGACCUCCAAGACCCAACCCUCCAAAUCUAGUCUGACGGAAACGCCCCCUCCCCUGCCGACCACGCCCAUUCCAGAGGACUACUAUGAGGAAGCCGUGCCUUUGGAUCCCGGGACCACGCCUCAAUACAUCACCACACGCAUCAGCUCCAGUCCACCCGUCUCCAUAGAGAUCCAGGAUGCUUAUUAUGAAGAUGCAGAUGACAACUAUCCGACAACACACAUCAACGGACCUUGCAAGAACUCCUACAAUGACUCUGACGCCCUGAGCAGCUCGUACGAGUCGUACGAUGAGGAGGAAGAGGAGGCCAAGGGGCGUGGCCGGCCGCCGCGUUGGAAGGCGGAGGAGAAUGCUGUUGGACCAAUGAAAGACUGCCGCAUCUGCGCCUUCCUCCUCCGCAAGAAACGCUUCGGCCAAUGGGCUAAGCAGCUGACAGUCGUCCGUGACAACCAACUACAGUGCUACAAGAGCAUUAAGGACAGCAGCCCCUACAUGGAGCUGCCUCUCAACCUCUGCAACGUCAUCUACGUGCCCAAAGAUGGCCGCCGCAAGAAGCAUGAGCUGCGCUUCUCCCUGCCCGGGGGCCAGGCCCUGGUGCUGGCCGUGCAGAGCAAGGAGCAGGCCCAGCGCUGGCUUCAGGUGAUCCAGGAGGUGGCGAGCCAAGCCAAUAGCAAUGAGACAUUAGAGGGCUCCUCAUCUCCUAUUAUCCAGAGGAAAUUAGAGUUGGACAAGCUGCUGUCAGCUGACAAACACAUGUCGGACUCGGACAGUGCUAUCACCGGGGACAACCUGCCAUCCAAUCAUGGACCAGGCCGGGAGAAUGGAGACCAAGGGCGGGCUAAGCGAGGACCGUUCUCCGAGCUGACAGGUUCGAUGAGCCGAGCUGCAGGAAGGAAGAUCACCCGCAUCAUCAGCUUCUCCAAGAAGAAGCCCCCCCCCUCCUCCACCGGUCACCACGACAAUCCCAGAUGCGGCUACCUGAACGUGCUGGUGGGGCAGAGCUGGGUGGAGAACUGGUGCAGCGUGAGAGGGGGCACCCUCCACCUCCACAGGGAGCGAGGCGACCUGCGCACCCCAGUUAGCUCCGUCCCUCUGGGCGGGGCUGAGGUGGUCCCGGGGUUCGGUCCCAAGCACCCCUUCGCCUUCCGCAUCCUACAGGGGGGCACAGAGCUGGCUGCACUGGAGGCCAGCGGCUCAGAGGAGAUGGGGAGGUGGCUGGGGGUCCUGCUGGCAGAGUCAGGGGGCUCCACCCUGCCCGAGGCCCUCCACUAUGACUACGUAGACGUGGACACCAUCAGCAAUAUACAGGACGCAGCUAGACACUCCUUCCUGUGGGCUACUUCCUCUAGUGGCACGUCCACAGACUCCAGGACGUACGAUGAGGUCCCAUACGAGAGCGUUAUGCAGGGGACACCAGAGGCCAGGCCGGCGCAGGUGAAACGCCACGCCUCCCUCUCCAGCAGAGAUGCAGAGAGGGAAGAGCCACAGGUCACCGUCAAGAGACACGCCUCCCAGGGUCCCCAGGAUGUGAACCAGUAUGGGAAGUACGGGAAGACGAGGGCGGAGGAAGAUGCUCGGAGGUACCUGAGGGAGAAGGAGGAGCUGGAGAUGGAGAAGGAGGCAAUCAGACAGGCCCUGAACACCCUGCGCAGCCAGAGGAGGGAGGCCAGAGAUCAGCUGAAGACUCUCACAGGUAAGCAGCAGCAGGCGGCGGAGCAGCGUGUGACCCAGCUGGAGGAGGCGUGUCGGGGGAAGGAGGGCGAGCGUGUCGAUCUGGAGCUCCGCCUCUCAGAGGUUAAGGAGAAUUUAAAGAAGUCACUGGCUGGAGGGGUGCUGGGCCCGCCCACUGACAACAAACCAAUCAGCAAGGUGCAUGUGAGGAAGGUGGAGAACGUGUACAGUGAGUCGACCACACCUGUCAACUGUGCAGCCGAGAUGAAGAAACGGCCCCCUUCUCUCUACGCCUCCUCGAGAGGCAACGUCAUGCAGAAGGCCAAGGAGUGGGAGUCGAAGAAGGGGACCUAGCCCGACAUACAGAAGGAUGUGUGACGGAGGAGAGCUGGUGUGUGAUGUUUUCUGAUCAGACAUGGCAGAGUUUGAGUGGAGUAGGAGAAGGAAGAGGAGGAGGAGAAAAAGGAGGUGCAGGAGUUAACAGUAAAUUUGGAACGAGGUGAACUCCCUGGGUGGCAUAUGAACCAGCAACCCUACCUUCCUCUACCCUAGUUUCUACCCUAACAUCUACCCUAGCAUUUACCCUAGUCUCUACCCUAGCCUGUACGCUAGCAUCUACCCUAGCCUUUACCUUAGUCUCUACCCUAGCCUCUACCCUAGUCUCUACCCUAGCCUCUAACCAGCCUCCUGUCCCACUAAGUUUAGGUCUGGACCUGGCCUGUCUGGGUUAUUUAGGCAUAAACCACAGCACUCCUGCUGGGUCUGCUGAAGGACUGAAGGAGUAAUUGGUUGAAUUCACUCCUCAAGUUGAAAUACCACCCACCCGCACCAUCGACAAGCUAGCUUGUUGGUGGGGUAGCUGACGAAUGCAGUGUUAUUAUAGGUGGUCGUCACGUUUUUAAGUGAUUAGAUCCCAGCAGUGGGCAAGAGAGGGAAGCGACUCUACCCACAAACCUGUUACAUCAGCACACUCUCUGUCUCUGACUGGUAACAUGUACAGGAUGUAUGAGUGUAUAUAAAUUAUUAAAUGGCUUGUUUCAUGGUUCAGUGUUUGAUGGUGUUGGUUGUUAUUGUCAGGUUGUAGUGUCAGGUUGUAAUCCGUUGAGACUGUGGAACUAUUAGAAAUGACCUCAGUAGCGUGUAAUGCCCCUGUAAUGUGUGGACUUGGACUGAGAUUAGUUGGAAAUGUGAAUAUGCCUGUUGGAUAUGAAUAUGUAUGGUCAUCAUGAAAAUGUCGGGGUCAGGAUAACAAAGGGACAAGGAAUGUUGGAAUAAGUUUUGUGCUGUUAUGUAACAAAGAAUAUAUUUAACCUGAAGGUUACUAUAAAUUAAACAGUGGAUAUUAGAACUUGAUGGUAGAUAACAAUUUUAACUUUUCUGAUUCACAAACUAAUACUUUUAUAAUACAGAUUUCCUAUUUAAAACCCUAUUUUUAAUAAUACAGCUGCAGAGCCAAUAGGAAAGCAGAUAAAGCAUGAUAGACAGCUGUGUCAAAUACAGAUUUCUUUGGGAAUGUGAAACUAACCGUUGCCUAACAAUUGAUUUGUCCUGAUAUGUCACACUGUCUGAAUUUCUUGUUAUAUAUGACUUUUGCACUUUACUGUUAUUAUUAUGAAUAUAAAAAACUUUAUUCAAAAGCUCAGA